ACUGCUUCUGGAAGAGUCCUGGAGAAAAGGGCACACGUUCCUUCAGCACAGUUGAGCCCCUACCUGCCUGGCAGUGGUCGCAGCUCAGCUUCUUCACUAUGGUGGAUCCCAGUGGCAACGAAUCCAGUGCCACAUAUUUCAUUCUAAUAGGCCUUCCAGGAUUGGAAGAAGCUCAGUUCUGGCUGGCCUUCCCGUUGUGCUCCCUCUACUUCAUCGCCGUGCUAGGUAACUUGACAAUCAUCUACAUUGUGCGGACGGAGCAUAGCCUACACGAACCCAUGUAUAUCUUUCUUUGCAUGCUUUCUGGCCUUGAUGUCCUCAUCUCCACCUCAUCCAUGCCCAAAAUGAUGGCCAUCUUCUGGUUCAAUUCCACUACCAUACAGUUUGAUGCUUGUCUGCUACAGAUGUUUGCCAUCCACUCCCUAUCUGGCAUGGAGUCCACGGUGCUGCUGGCCAUGGCCUUUGACCGCUAUGUGGCAAUCUGCCACCCACUACGCCAUGCCACUGUGCUAACAUUGCCUCGUGUUACCAAGAUCGGCAUGGCUGCUGUGGUACGGGGUGUUGCACUUAUGGCACCCCUGCCUUUCUUCAUCAAACAUCUGCCCUUCUGCCGCUCCAAUAUCCUUUCCCAUUCCUACUGCCUACACCAAGAUGUCAUGAAGCUGGCCUGUGCUGACAUCCGCGUCAAUAUCAUCUAUGGCCUCAUUGUCAUCAUCUCUGCCAUUGGCCUGGACUCACUUCUCAUCUCCUUGUCGUAUCUGCUUAUCCUCAAGACUGUGUUGGGCUUGACACAUGAAGCCCAGGCAAAGGCAUUUGGUACUUGUAUCUCUCAUGUGUGUGCUGUUUUCAUAUUCUAUGUACCUUUCAUUGGGUUGUCUAUGGUGCACCGGUUUGACAAGCGGCAUGACUCCCUCCUGCCUGUCAUCAUGGCCAACACCUAUCUGCUUGUUCCUCCCGUGCUCAACCCUAUUGUCUACGGAGUGAAGACAAAGGAGAUCCGGCAGCGCAUCCUUCGUCUUUUACAUGUGACCACCCACACUUCGGAUCCCUAG